AUGGCUAACUGCAAUCCUUGCUCCACCCUAGUUGACACUCAGGCUAAGCUGUCAGAGGAUGAGGGUACCCCCGUUGCUGAUCCUACCGCCUACCGGAGUCUUGCUGGUGCCCUGCAGUACCUCACCUUUACCAGGCCGGACAUCAUCUAUGCGGUUCAGCAGGUCUGCCUCCAUAUGCAUGACCCGCGGGAGCCGCAUCGCACCGCCCUGCAGCGGAUCCUCCGCUACCUCCAUGGCACGUUGGACCACGGCCUGCUUCUUCACCAAAAUUCGUCUACUGAGCUUGUCGUCUACACAGAUGCUGACUGGGCCGGCUGCCUGGACACUCGCCGGUCCACCUCUGGCUACACCGUUUUCUUGGGUGGCAACCUUGUCUCCUGGUCGUCCAAGCAGCAGCCGGUUGUCUCUCGUUCCAGCGCUGAGGCCGAGUACCGGGCUGUCGCUAAUGGCGUGGCGGAGGCGUCUUGGCUUCGACAGCUCCUAGCUGAGCUUCACAGCCUGCUCACUAGGAGCACCCUUGCCUACUGCAACAACGUCAGCGCGGUAUACCUGUCCACCAACCCGGUUCAACACUAG